AUGUACGCGCUGACACUAGCCGGAAUUCCCAUCUCCAUUGGCGCCAACGAAGCGGUACACCAACAGCGGCUGCUAGACGAAGAAGCAGAAAGUGAUGAGCGCCAAGAAGAGUUCUACCUAGAUGUUUUCUGUGAUGCGAAGAGUAGGAAGAGAGAUGAGGUACAUGGCGCGAUUGUAGUAUUGAAGGACGGAAAGAUACGACUCUGGCCCAAAGACGCAGGCACAGGAUUGCCAAAGCCCGGUCCGAACGAUGAGCCUUCACCACAUCCCUUUACCGGAUUCUAUCUACCUUUUCCGUCUUCCGAUCUACCGCACCGUCCCAUGCCCGCGGCACCAGUCCUGGGUCUCGUCAGUACCCUACCACCCUCACCACCUGCAUCGCCCGCUUCAUCUGCGCCCUCUACGCCGUCUCCUACGCCUUCCAAAGCACCCUUGGAACCUGCAAAGCCUAAGCUCAACUGGCUCUAUGCUGACAACACGACGCGCGAAUUGCGUUACGGUCCACGUUCAGAAGCAAAGAAACACACAGUCGGCCCUUGGGACUGGACGGAUGAUGAACAGGGAUUGACGUUGGAUGGGGAAGAGUGUCUUGUUGCUGUGGAAGAGGAGAGGGGUGGUCUCCAAAAGGAGCUCAUGGACAUUAUGACCAAGCCCACGCCCGGCAUAACCGCGUUUCCUGACGACGAGAACAUGACCGUGUGGACCGCCACAAUCGACGGCCCGGCCGACACACCCUACGCCAACCUCGUCUUCAAGCUGUCCAUGGAGUUUGCCAACAACUACCCCUACAGCCCACCCACCGUCCUUUACAAGACACCCAUCUACCACCCUAAUGUCGACUUCUCGGGCCGCAUCUGUCUGGACAUCUUGAAGGACAAAUGGAGCGCCAUCUACAACAUUACGACUGUCCUGUUGAGUCUCCAGAGCUUAUUGGGAGAGCCGAACAACUCGAGUCCGCUCAAUGGCCAGGCCGCAGAGCUCUGGGACAAAGACCCCGCCGAGUACAAGCGCCUUGUUCUUGCCCGCCACAAGGCACCUGAGGAACUGGACGCCUGA